CGGGACUUAGCGCCAGACUGACCAAUAGGAACAAGGAGUGGAGUCCCGGGACUAGAAGAAACGGAGGCCGGGAGGGGUCUCCGGGACCAUGGGGCUUCUGACCAUUCUGAAGAAGAUGAAGCAGAAAGAGCGGGAGCUGCGGCUGCUCAUGCUUGGCCUGGACAAUGCCGGUAAAACAACCAUCCUAAAGAAGUUCAAUGGAGAAGAUGUAGAUACCAUCUCCCCCACGCUAGGCUUCAACAUCAAGACCUUGGAGCACCGAGGAUUUAAACUGAACAUCUGGGAUGUGGGUGGCCAGAAGUCCCUGCGCUCCUACUGGAGGAACUACUUUGAGAGCACCGAUGGCCUCAUCUGGGUGGUGGACAGCGCCGACCGCCAGCGCAUGCAGGACUGCCAGCGGGAACUGCAGAGUCUGCUGGUGGAGGAGCGCCUAGCAGGAGCGACGCUCCUCAUCUUUGCCAACAAGCAGGACCUGCCCGGAGCUCUGUCCUCUAGUGCCAUUCAGGAGGCCCUGGAGCUGGCCUCCAUCCGCACCCACCACUGGCGCAUCCAGGGCUGCAGUGCCGUCACCGGGGAGGACCUGCUGCCUGGCAUUGACUGGCUCCUCGAUGACAUCUCUAGUCGAAUCUUCACCGCCGACUGAGCUGCUUUGAUGUCCCCAGCUUGCAGUCCAGGCCUCUGCCCUCACCAGACACCAGCUGGUGGGGACGGGCACCAGCCAGCCAGACUAACACUCCACACUCCUCCGUGAUCUGCUGCUCCUGCUGCCACUGCUGCUCCCCGGGAUGAGGACUGUCGCCUGGCUCCUGUGCUGCCAUGCCAAGAGGACCGGGCUGGGCUGGGAGGGGCUGCCUGCUGCUACCGAGGUCCUGGGUGCCUCCUCUGCCCAGCAGUGAGAAUAAACCUCUCCUUGCCCUGA